UCCCAUCUUGUUCUUCACAAGCCUCUCGAAUUUCGGUCGCACCUUCUUCUUCGCUCUGGAAAAAAUUUCCGUGGGUUUCUCGUCGUUUCUUCUCCAUUUCUCGUGCCGUCAAUUGGCUUCGGAUAGAGGUUAUUGUGUGCGUUUUCGCUUGCAACGCAUAGAAAUGACGGCGGUGCUCUCGCGCUCGUCUCUGGGUCUUCGUCGUUCCAUGGCUCGCGCUGAUCUCUUCGACGGUGUACCGAAUAAACGAUUUCCCAAUAGUCCUAUACCUCAGACCCCGCGAAUAUGCAGAAACAGGUUCUGUUGAGAAACUCUUCUCUCCUGAGUCGUCGCCCCUUUCUUUUUCCUUACACCUGAAUUUCCAAGAUCGAAUUUCGUCUGGUGUAGUUUUCUUUAGGUUUGUGUCCUUUUCCGGAGGAGAUAGUGUCUGGAAUUUCGCGGUUCAUCGUUGUAAAGAAAUUCAGAUUUCGACAGAAGCGUUUCUCGAAUGUUCUCGUGGAACUUGAGCUCCUUGGUGGUUUGGUCUCUGAUUAGAAAUUAUAGGUUUUAAGUUGUAGUUCUACCAUCUUUUGUGGAGUUACCAGAACUCUGCUUUAACUUUUCGAGUUCUCUGAUCCUAAUCAGAAAAAAACUAGUAAAAUUCGAGUCAGAAUUUCCGUAAUUCUUGGUGGAAUGGCUGAGAGAAGAGAGUUAGGGCAUCCAAAAACUGCCUGUAGCUUGAAGGAGCAAUUAGCAAGAACCACUCUGCAGACUGUGAGGUCACAAGGGCACACAUAUGUUGAGCUCCGUGAGGAUGGGAAGCGGUUCAUAUUCUUCUGCACGUUGUGCCUCGCUCCUUGCUACAGCGAUGCCGUUCUACUGGGUCACUUGAAUGGAAACCUUCAUAAGGAGAGAUUAUCAUGUGCUAAGAUCACGCUUCUUGGACCAAAUCCGUGGCCUUUUAAUGAUGGUGUCCUUUUCUUUGACAAUACAAUUAGGAACGAGAAAAAUCAGUCGGUCUCUGACUGCGAGCAAAAGUCGGGCUUGUUGGAGCAAUGCAGCGAGAAUGACAAGUUUGCUAUUGUCAAGUAUGAAGAGAAUGUGAGAACUGGUUCAGAUGGGAAAGAUCUACAAGUUGUGAUGGAGUCUAAUAAAGAAUCUAUUGAUGGUGCUGAUUGUCUGGUAAUUUCUGGCCUGCUGAUCAAGGAGAGAACCGUUGAUCUGGAAGCAAGGUUCAUAGGUGUUGGGCAGCUAGCUGCUAGGCUGUCUGAGAAAGAAGGAAGCCCUACUCAGAUCGUCAAAAUAUGGUGUGAGUGGUUAGGGAAAGAGGAUCUUUCAGAUGAGGAGGAGAAGGCCGCGGUUCCUGAGCAUGACUUUGCUAUUGUCACAUUCUCGUACUUUUACAAUUUGGGUAGAUUGGGUUUGUUUGAAGAUCCUAGCUGCCUACUCACGUCUUUCCAGUCAGCUGAAUCAGAGAAUGGUGAGGAUAAAGCCAGGAAGAGAAAGAAAUCCUUUUCUGAUCCAGAGGACACCAGUGAUUCUCUGUGUAAUCAGUAUGAUUCUUCUGAAGAGGUUUCUUCAGCUCCUAAUGCUAAUUCUUCAAAAGCACUGACGGCUCAGUAUGAUGAUCAUCUUCUGCACCAAAGAGUCAUUAAGAACAAAACCAUAAGAAGAGAGCUUAGGAGGCAACAACAAAUUUUUGCUGGGCGGAUAUGUGAAAUCUGCAAGCAAAAGAUGCUUCCAGGGAAAGAUGCAGCAGCGAUACUAAAUCUGACGACAGGAAAUCUUGCAUGCAGCAGCAGAAACAUUCACGGGGCGUUCCACCUCUUUCAUGCAUCUUGUGUGAUACACUGGUUUCUCUUCUGUGAGAGAGAAAUAUUUACCACAGCCAGUCCAAAAGGAAAAAAGAGAUGCAGAAAACAGAGCAGCAGGAAGCGGAAUCAGAUGGGAAAAGGAGAAGAGGCUAACGGGGUUAUUUCGGAAAUAUUUUCGGUGUUCUGUCCAGAAUGCCAGGGAACGGGUGUGGAUAUCGAAGGGGGUGACCUUGAGAGAGAUACGUUUCCGCUCUCGCAGAUGUGGAGGUUUCAGAUAAAAGUGGGCGAAGGAAGGAAGGCGUGGGUGAAAGAUCCAGAGAAGCUGCGCAACUGCUCGACGGGUUUGUGUUUCCCUGAGCAGACUGAAGAAUCCGGUCAGGAAAGGGUGUCAGCCUUGAAACGAAUCCGAUUCUACCGUGUGGACAUGUAAUGUAAGUACACAAAUCCUGAGUUGGAUGUUUAGAUUGUGUUUAGGGCAUCAUCAUCAUAUGCAUUUAUGUGUGUAAAUAGAGGAGCAUUCCCUCUCCCAUUCUCUGCUUGUUCUCCCUUUUCCAUUUUGUAAAAAAAAAAAAACUUUUAUUAUCUUAAAUAUCUUGCUUUGAUAAAGAAUACAAUAUAGCUCACGAUGAGUAUGGGACAUGCUUAAGAGAUCCCCAUAAAGCUCACAAUGACUUGUUUC